AUCAACCAUGGUAGCGCUCUACAUGAAAUACUGCACAGAAGAAGGCUUUACUAGUCCACUUAGUCGCCGCACAAUGUUCAGGAUCUUAGAGGUAUGUGAAGCCUCUCAGCGCAAGUCAUUGCGAGGAUUAGAUAAUACUGCUGCUGAUGGAGCGAUGGGAUUUCAGACAAUUGAAAGAAUAGUGAAUGAUCUUGAACAAGCUGGUGUGGAUAGCGCCUGGGCAGAAGAGACGAAAGAAAUAUUGAAAAAUGGGGAAUUAUACCUCAGAGUCAAAUAUCCUGUUCAUUGCUCAAUGGAAAGCAGUCUUUGCAAAGAUCAUUGUGUGAACUUUGGACUCAGCGAUGCAGACGAAAAAUGUUUCCAAAAGCCAUGUGGCCACAAACAUGAAAUGAAAUGUAAAGAGUGCGAAGAUUUAAAAAUGGUCUUAAAAGAGAUCGAGAAUAUGAUUCUCAGUCGGUGUUCCGGCGAUCAUGCCCAAGAAAAGAGAGAAGAUUUGCUGUAUGAUCUGCGACAAGCCUCAGAGGACGUGUUUUGGUGGAAGGCCCAUAUUCUUAGAUCUGUGAAUCAAGAUAAGGCGAAGGAAGACAUGAUAAAAAGGCUUGAUGAUAAUACGGUGUUGAUUGUAAUGGAAUGGGCUAUGAAAUUUUUGCCGACCAGGUAUCGUGAAAAACAGUCUCAGUGGUUCGGAAAGAGAGGCCUGAGCUGGCAUAUAAGUAGUGUAAUCUCCAAGGUUGAUGGAAAAUUGCGCACACAGUCAUUCGCACAUCUCUUUGACAACUCAAGUCAACAUUGGUAUGCUGUAGUCUCGAUUGUAGAAAACAUUUUGAAGACACUUCGAAGUCAAAACCCAAGUAUCUCUGGAGCGUAUUUACGAUCCAACGAAGGAGCUUGCUAUCACAACAACAUGACCAUGGCAGCAUGCCAGGACAUCUCAAAGCUUACUGGAGUCAAAAUAAUAAAUUACCAUUUCUCUGAGCCAGGUCAAGGAAAAGAUAUCUGCGACAGGAUAAUUUGCCCAAUGAAGUCUGCCUUGAAAACGUUUGGUAAUGAAGGUAAUGACAUUUUAACAGCGAGUGAUAUGAGAAAGGCUUUGAAGGAGAGGAACGUUUCUGGAACUGUAGCAUGCGUUGGCAAGAUAGGCGAAGCGAAAAAUUCCUUAGUGAUAAAGAAAGUUAAAGGAUUUAGUACAAUUCAUAACUUUCAGCAUGAGAGUAAUGGCAUCAGGUUAUGGAAAGCUUACGGGAUUGGCGACGGGAAACUCAUCAACAAUGAUUUUCUCUUCUCCAGUCAUCUAGAAAGGUCGUCACUACUUGAGGUCGUAGAAGGGCAACGUUUUUUUGAAAAUAACAGCAUUCGUGAAUUACAAAUCAAGAAUAAGAAUGCACAGCAAGUUCCCUCAGACAUGAUGUAUGAAUGCCCUCAACCUGGUUGCAAGCAAGCUUUUGACUCCCUUAAUCAAUUAGAAGUUCAUCUAGACCUUGGUCGCCAUCAGCACGAUACGCAAGAAGAAUCAGAAAGUUUGUAUGACACCAUUAGAAGAGACUGGGCAAGUAAAUUCGGCAACAUUUCAAAUUUGAAAUUGCCAAGCAAGUCAAAACCUGGAAGUGAGAGCCUGAUUCUCGGUGAGUCUACAGAAUUAUUUCAAGGAUGGGCUCUUCAUGCGUCUUCAUUCUCAGGUCGCUUUCCCGGACUACCUGAUCGCAAAGUUUAAUGAGGGCGAAAAAACUGGUAAAAAAGCUGAUCCUGUUGGGAUUGAGACUGAAAUGCGGAAAGUGAGGCACACCGAUGGACAAAGAAUUUUUGCAAGAGAGGAAUGGCUAAAAGUCAGUCAAAUUAAAGGAUUUUCUCGAGACUUGCUGCAUUCAGGAAAAAACAGAUGCUAGACAAUUCUCUCGAAGACAUAAGUGAAGAAGAUGUUAAUGAGGUUGAAAAUGAAAUAGAGGAAGAAGAAUUCUUGUCGUCGGUCCAUAACGCCAUUAUUUAACGCAUCCAAUCAUGUAUGAUAAUUAUAAUAUUUGCAAGACUUAGUACUUUGUUGAUCGUAAAUUGAACAAAUUUACUGUUCCUUUAUUAAAGGAAAUGCUGACAGCUUUUGAAGUUGAAUAUGGUGCCACUGAUAGGAAACCAAAUCUUCUUCUCAAGAUCGAAGAACUGGUAGAACAACUGUAAGCAACACUGAAUCGCACUUAGAUUGACAUUAAUUUAAAUAUUUACUUUCUGAAUUUUAAAGCCUGAUUCACCACUCAAAUACUGUAAUGACUCAAAUACUGUAAUGAACACGUACAUGAUUUGUUAUCAAAUAUUAUACGGUUUGACAAAACAGAAAGCAACCACUUAUGCAAAUGAUUCAUGUAAUUUCUGAAAUAAACCCUAACGAGAUUUAGUUAGAAUGUCUUUCUUAGUUGAAUUUGAACAUUUAAACCCCGUUUGCCGCUUCACUGUUUUGCUCGUAGUCGGCAUAAUUUUGUCCCGCCGCCGCAGUUGUUGAAAAUUUUCAACCUGGAAGAGCAUGGCUACAACUCCUGCAACGGCCAAACGAAAUCAGGUUAAUUGUUCUAAGCGUUUUCUGGUAAAGCAGGCGGAAGUAAAAUACCAUGAUGUAAACAAUAUCACUGAGUUGUCAACACUAAGAUCGUAUGUGUCUGGGGAUUUUUGAGCACACUUGCUUCAUGGAUUGGUAGAAUUCAAGACUAUAUAUAACUGUCCCAUUUUAGUCGUUCAAUGUGGACUGGUGAAUUUCUGUUGAUUGUCAGUGGCAAUUAUACACUUUUUCAAAGCUGUGGACGUUCUAUGAUACUGGCGGCCGGUAAGUGAAAAUAGUAAAGUUUCGCAUGAAAUUUCAUUCUUUACAAAAUACUAGCCACAGAUAUUGUUUCAGUUAUAGGCUAUUCAAACCUUGCUGUUUUAAGUUAUCGUUACUAUAUUUUUCAGUUUUGUCCCAGUAACGGAAAAUUUGACGACAAACUAGGGCUACUUUAUUUACUUUCACGGCAGGUCCGAGAGUACCACUUUGUAAAAUGAGGCCCCGUCGAGAAAAACAGUCAAGACAAAUUUUUCUUUUUUUCAAACAUCACAGAUAACUGUAAACAUCGACUGAAUAUUUCUAGAAAAUAGUGAAUUUUUUUCUCUGUAGGAGGCCUCAAACACGAUUUAUAA